CGCACCCCCCUUCGCUCCACGAUGCCAUCAAGAAAGCGGUCUCUCCAGGAGGCCGAGAGCCAAUCUGUCGAGGAAACAAAAUCACAAUCCUUGAUACACAGGCUGCGGAAUUCAUUCUACUUUGCCAACUUAUACCAAUGGAUAUGCAUCUUUGGCAAGGUGGUCAAGAUCGAUGAUAAUCUAGACAUCGAGGAACUCGAGACAGAAUGCCUCAAGCACGGCUCCAUGAGGUUGCAGGACAUAGGCCUGUCUUUGUUGAAGCAUAUCUCCUCACACCGCGGAUUAACACACGAGAUUUUCGACGAAUAUACUCGAAGGCAAUUCGAUGCGAAGUUGCCGGGAAAGACGAAUCCCUUUGGGAAGGGCGAAGUCAUCACCAAGUUCAGCGACUUUGACCUCUUCAAGAAGCUUCGAGUCUUGUGGCAGAUGACGCAGAUCGUCAUGAUGAAACCCGAACAUAUUCGACCAAAUAUGGACGAGCAGAAAAACGAGGAACAAACUGCCUGGAGGAUUGAACCCUAUGGAUGGGAUCGAAAAGACCGCGAAUACUACGUGCUCGACGACAACCGUCUAUACCGUCUCACGGCCGCACCUCCUCCCGCUGCUCCUCCAAAGAAAACUUCUCAGAAAGCAAAGGCUGCUGCAAGAGCUGCAAAGCGCAGACGCGUCGCUGCAGCUGCUGCCGCCCCCGCCGACAGCACCAAUGACGAGGCUGACAACACCAGCGCAGCGGAGGACAACGACGCAGGUAUUGAACAGGUCGACCGGGAAGAUCCCUUGGAUGGCGCGAUUUGGGAAUGCGUUGCCAUCACCCUCGAAGAAGUACGGAAGUUCAUCGAGCCGCUGCAGAAAUCCAAGGACCCGAAUGAAAAGGUGCUUCGCGGCCAAAUAGAAGAACACAUGUUACCACUACUUGAAAAGCAGGAGGAGUCCAGGAAGCGAAAGAUGCUACAGAGGGAGAAGGAGCUUCUCAACCUGGCUAAGAUGGCCCACGCCAAGAGAUCAAGCCGGAUAGCUGGCAAGGCCGAGCAGCAGAAGCAGGAAGAGCUUGAACGCCAAGAAAGAGAGAAGAGGCUCGCUGAGGAGGCAGCCGCAAAGAAAGAGGAACAGAAGAGGCUCAAGAUGGAGAAGGAGCGUGAUAACCGGAUGAAAUCCCGAGACCGACGUCUACAAGAGCGUGAAGCUCGUCGCCUUCUACACGAAGAAGAGCUCGCUCAGUUGUCGGAAGGAAGCAAGAGCGCUGAAGCGGCACGACUAUCAGAACGUCGCCUGAAGGCAGAGAUCGAAAAGAACAAGCAAGCCCUUCGAGAACUGGAUGAGGAGGAGGAGGACUGGACAUUUGACUGCAUCUGCGGGCUGUAUGGACAAGUCGAUGAUGGCAAACAUAGUGUGGCCUGCGAGCGAUGCAAUGUCUGGCAACACAGCAAAUGCCUUGGUGUUGCUGAGGAGGAAGCCGAGCGAGAUGACUUCCAUUUCAUCUGCCAACACUGCAAGGAGGCCGAGCGCGCAAGGGAGGAGAAGAAGCAACAGAAAGCUGCCCCCAAGAUCAAGAUCAAGCUCAAGGAGCCUAGCUCUGCCUCUUCAACCCCAUCGAACAAGCCUGUCUCCACGACACCGAUCCCUCUCCCU